AUGACCGACUACCCAGAACCAACACAUUUAUCUGAGUCGCAUGGAGCGCGGGCCUUUGAUCUGGGUCUGCAUGCAAAGACGCCCUCCACCGAACCGGAUAAUCAGUCGACGGAAGAAAUCAAGCGACCGCGGGCCUGCGAGCCAUGCCGCCAAUUGAAAGUUCGAUGCGAUCCGGACCCGUCGGGCCCUGAUGGCGCCUGUAAACGGUGCGCUAAAGCACGUCGGCAAUGUGUUGUUACUGCGCCAACCCGCAAGCGCCAGAAGAAGACUGAUAGCCGGGUUACGGAAUUGGAGCGGAAAAUCGAUGCUUUGACUGCUACACUUCAAGCAUCGCAUCAUACACAGUUGGCCGCGAGCCAGUCGCAGCCGAGCCGAGCGCAGUCCUCGAGAUGGUUGCGCGAAGAGCCUAAUGGGGCUGGGAACAAGCGGAAACAUGAUGGGUUUUUGGUUGCCCAGUAUCCCCGUCCUAACAGUCCGUCUGCGGAGCAAAUCCCGAAACAGCCUGCUAGACAGACCCCGCCUGAGCUUAAGCCCAGUGCUGGGAAUGAAUUUCUGGAUGUGAUUGAUAGAGGCUUGAUCGAUAUAGAUACCGCUCAAGCCGCUUUCAAUGUCUUUGUCACCGAUAUGGCAUAUGAUAUGUCCUUUGUUGUGUUUCUCCCGGGCACGACGAUGGGUGAUGUGCGCCGAGAGAAACCGACACUCUUUCUUGCCAUCAUCGGUGUCGCGGUGGGGACUGUCAAAAAAGAAAUACAGAUGACCUUAAUAGAUGAAAGUUAUCGACUGAUUGCGGAUCAAGUCGUCGUUAGGGGUCGCAAAUCCCUGGAGAUAGUUCAAGCUCUCCUCGUCACUUCCCUAUGGUAUAUGACGCCUGAUAACCUGGAUGAGCUGAAAUUCUAUCAGUUGGCCCAUAUGGCUGUUGUGGUAGCUAUGGAAUUGGGCUUGAAUUGUCGAUCCAUCGGCGAUCAAAAAAUUGUUCGCAUUCGCGAUAUCAUCAUAAAGAAGAAGGUUGCAACGAAUGCAGACUUGAACAGCCCCGAAGCAAGACGCACAUGGGUGGCCUGUCACUUCAUGGGAAUUCAAUUGGCGAUGGCUUUGAGACGGAUACCGAUGGUGCGAUGGCAGCCGUACAUGGAUGAGUGUCUUCAGAUAUUGGAAAAUCACCCCGAUGCCCUCCCGUCGGAUCGCAAGGUCGUCUGGUGGGCGAAGCUCGGAUGGAUUAUGGAACAAGCGGGCUUGCAGCUCACCAUAGAUGACACACAGUCGAUUGUCUCAUUUACAGACAGCAAAGUGCGGUACACUAUCAAGGCGUUCGCAAAUCAACUUGCCCAGUACCAGAGGGAUAUUCCCCAAGAAUUCUGGACCCCGAUACUAUCCCACACAUAUCAUACACUACAUCUCUUCGUGCACGAAAGCGCCAUGGGAGUUGACUGCCGGGAGAGCAUAUUUCUCAGCUCCCCCGGGCAAACUCUAUCUCCAGCCAUGUCACCGGUUAUUGAAGCUUUAACAUCCUGUCUCAAUUCUAUUCACAAGUCCUUCGACACGAUCCUCAGUAUUGAUGUGGACAGAGUGAGGUAUUUACCCACAAUGGCCCUGGGUCGGACUGCAUACCCAGUUGUCAGCCUAAUCAAAAUCUACUCCCUUGUCACUGCCCCCGAUUCCCAAAUUGGUCAGGUGAUCGACGUACAAAGCCUAAAGGUGGAAUACUACCUUAACCGAAUCAUCGAUCACUACCGGGCAGCUGCGGCUCUCGAUGGUGGCAGGGUGGCAAAUAAGUUCGGGAAUAUCAUCAUGAUGUUACGAAACUGGUUCCUCAAGAAAAGGGAGAAUGCCCCAGAGCUAGGAGAAAUAUUUGGCUCCGAACCGCAUCAUCCAAGGGAAAAUAAACCCGCAAGACAGGGCAAUACACCAUUGCACAUCCUCAGCGAUCUAGCCAUGGGUGAUCCACACAAUACAAAGAACCGAUCAAAUUCCAAUCAAGGAUCUAUCUACACACCAAACCUAAGGCAAGACAUGGCUCACAAGUCGGCAACCCCGGCUACGACUUAUGGAACCGUAGAAUCUACACACUGGUCCCCGGCACCUUUCACACCCCAAAUGUCUACAAGAUCACACGACUCAGGCAUGGGGGAAAGAUCAUUCUAUCAACCCUUCCCGCCGAACCCGUCCCAACCAUACACUAUGUCCGCGAGCCAGUAUCCCCAGAUGCCAGAUCCACAAAUAUCAGGCGUAGGGAAUAUGACCCUUGGGCAGCCGAUGGGGGAGUCGAUAGGGAUGCCCGAGUUACCGAUAGAAGCGCCUUUCGAUCCGAAUCUGCCUAUUGUAUUGGAGAAUUUGAUGGGUAACGGGCUGCUAUCUUUUCCAUUUCCUUUUGAUGGAAACUUCCAGUUUUAA